CACGUCUUUAACCUGCACAUGGGAGUGGACGCUAACAUUAGCUCGGCAAAUUUAGCUUAAUCUUUAGCUUUAUUUACUGUCAUUAAAGUACGAUUUAUUUUCAGAUCUACAUGGUGUGGCAAGUACGAUGCCUGCAGAAGAUUGUUUGCUUUGUAUGUUUUUGUGUUCCAGUGAAAAAGGCAGCUAACGAGAGCUAGCUUGUUAUUUCAAAACUGAAAGAAGGCAGUUUUUUGACCUUGUUAGCCGAAUUGUUCGUUCUUUCUUCGUAACCCAUCAUUUCUUGUGCCUGGUUUUGGUUUAAGUGCAUUAGUGACGUCUUCAGUAAUUAUUUUAUUUUAAAAUGUACAUGAUGUGCAGACAAUGUUCAAGCCGCAGGUUCCCAUGGAAACGGCUCAGCGUCCCUGUGGCAGCAUCAAUAAGAGAAGCAUCUUCAUCUAGAAACGACCUCAUUCCUGUUUGGGGCGGGAGGCUGAACCAAAACAGCCUUUCUGGGACACUUAGUGCAGCAACGUUUUACUCGGAUGGUAGGAAUCACAAAGAAAACCUAAAAGAAAGCAACAGUCUCCCUUCAGAGCAUUCACUUUCUACUGACAUCACCCCUGACCAGACCUCCUCAGAGCAGAGACAGAGGAGGUCCCCUUUCCUGGAACUCCUGCAUCAAUGUGGCUCCCCAUCAGAUGUGUUAGACCUCACAUGCAAGUACUCGCCCACAAUUCAUCAGGUCAGCAACUGCCUCAACCACAUGUGGUCCUCCAUGAAGAAGAUGUCAGAUGGGCAGCGGUGCUACGAGUUGCAGCUGAUGUUUGAGCAUCCUGAAUUUGAAAAUCUUCUGCAACGGGCGAUGAGGUCUGUCCAGCACAUGUGCAACGAUGACGUUGCUUACUCUUUGUUGAGUAUGGUCAAUCUGGGGGUGCCUCAGCGUAGCCGUGUGAUCCAGACCUUCCUUCGAACUUGCCAGGAGAGACUGAAUGACUUUGAUGAGAAGACGCUGUCCAUCUUGGCCUCUGCUCUGGAGCAUAUGAAGGAUGGUCAGAAUGUGGAUGCCCUAAAGGAAGGCAUGAGGCUGGUGGUUGAGGUCCGUCUUCCUGGGAUUAAAAAUGUUUUGGCUCUUCAGACCAUGAUGCGACUCCUUGGAAAAGAUGCCCCAAAGGAGCUCAAACAGAAACUAGAGAGAAAGGCUUUAUCAAUGACGGACCAGUUCAGCCUACCCAAUGUCCAAUACAUGAUCUCCACUAUGGCCAAAAUGGGCUUCCAGUCCAAACCACUGUUGAAAGUUUGUGGUGGGAAAAUCAAAGAAAACCUAAAUGGGAUCCCUUUUAACAGGCUGUACAAUGUACUGAAGUCCUGUAAGGAGCUUCUCUACAGAGACGUAGAUCUGCUUACUAGCAUUUCAGACCAUGUUGCUUCCACACUUGACAUUUGGACUAAUAAGCAGCUUGUCUUCUUCCUUUCUGUGUUUGAGGACCUUCUCUUCUGUCCCACUUCCUUAAUGGAGGCUUAUUCUGAAAAAGUGAUCACCAACUCCGAGGCCCUCACCCUUAAGGACCUCCUGUGUGUCUUAAAGGUUUACUCCUCUCUUAACUAUGAUCUGCAGCAUCAAAGACAAAAGUUUCUUGAUAGUCUCAGUCAUGCUCUCAGCUCCUAUCUGUCCAAGAUGUCUGGUUUGGAGUUGCUAAAGGCUGUUUACUGUCUGUGUCUGCUGAACCACUUUCCCUCUGCACUCCUGGAGCAGCUCCUGAAUAUUAGUAUGUUGGAGCAGCUUGCAUCUGCAAAGCUCCCAAAGAGCACGGAGAGAAUGUUUCAGAGAGUGGAUCUAUGUCUCCGUCUUGACCGUCCUCCUCUUCCUCAGCCCCUGACUGUCCCCUCAUCCGCCCUGGGAAACCCCAUUCUCAACAGUCCAACAGUUAACUUGCGGCUCUCAAAGGGCCUGCAGAGUGUGCUGGCAGAUCAGGCGAACGCAGCGCUGCAGGAAAUGUUGGUGGUGGAGAACUUCUACAUCAUAGAUGGUGUCAUAAUCAAACCUCUUCCAAACCCAACGUGUGCGAUGGAAACAAGUAGCAUUUCUCCAGCAGAGAGCAGUCAAAGAAUUGCAGUUAUUUACGCACCAAACUCUAGUUUUUGCUAUGGUACUUCUAUCCCCCGUGGCCCCCUCGCUCUCAAGGUCCGUCAUCUGAAGAUCCUGGGAUACACUCCUGUUUUGGUAACAGAGCAACAUCUACAGCCUUUGUCUGAGGAGGAGAGGACAGAUAUUAUACGAGGACUCAUUUUUCCAGAACAUGCAUCAAAAACACGACCACACGACGUGGAACAUGUGAGAUCCUAAAUGCUGCAGUCGUAAAACGGGACUGAAGAGCCCUACAUGGCUUAGAUUUUAUCAUGAAAAUUAAAAGAUUGUUCAAAUGAAAUGUAUAUAAUAAUAAUAAUAAAAUCUUUAAAAACUU